UCUUGAAAUGAGGCUACUCGCGGUUCUGCUGUUCACAGCCAUCUCAGCAUUCUGCGAGGGAUCAUGGCUGCUCUCCGCAGUUCAGCCGGUCAAAGUAGAAUCGCGGCCAAAGGCAAAGAAACCAAAUUAUAAAAACCACAAUCUGUACUAUUACAGUCCUGAAACGAUAGGUUCCUCCAUUUACCACGGAUCUCAACCCAAUUGCCAAUGUCGACCCGGGCCGCCUGGACCUCCUGGGCCACCAGGAAUUCCUGGUCUGCCAGGUGAGGAAGGAGCGCCAGGUGAAAAGGGGGAUCGUGGUGACCGUGGAGAAAGUGGCAAAAGGGGUAGGCCGGGUUAUACUGGAUUUUCGGGACCCAUUGGGCCACCAGGACUACCUGGCCCACCGGGCCGCCCUGGAAAAUCUCCAUCUCAUGGACAGAAACAAGGUUCAACCAUUAUUUACUUGCCAGCAAUUCCAGCGGACAAACCGCCAAAAACGGAAAACCCAAGGGCAGCAAUGAAAACCCACCAUCGAAACCCGAUAAUAGAAACGUCAUUAAAAAGGCAAACAAGCCCCGGGCACCGCUGCCUUUGAGGGCAAAUUCCACUGAAAUUAAGUAUCUCAAAGUUAGUCCACAACUGACCCAAAACCCAAAACGAAAUCGCAAGAGACCCACUACUUUCGCCCAUUCC